GUAGCGUAUAUCUAACCACAUUUUUGCGUCAACGUGAUAUGUUUUGAUUCUAUUUACAUUUGUUAGAAUGUUAAAAAAUUACCUUACUACACUGCCUUUCACUAAAUUUGUACUUAUUGAAGAUUCGUUAGAAGAGCGAGGGCAACCAAUUUUCGACUUCUUAAUUCGAAGUCAUUUGGAUAAGCUUCAGAAUAAUGUACAGUUCUUCACUUUUCACGGAAGUUUCAACAGAGCACAAAAACGUUUCGAAAAUAAGCGUAACAUAGUUGUUCAUGAUUUUACUACUAACGUAUGCGGUUGGAAUUUGGAUAAAAACAAAGAUAGCUUUGAAGAAGUUGCUUCCAGAUUAAGUGCCAAUGAUAUAGUUAUUGUGGACUCUUUAGCACACGCUAUUUUUCAAUAUGGGCUCGUGGGAACUUAUAAAAUUUUUAACACUUUAAGAAACCAAAACAUUCUACAAGUAAUAACGAUGCUACACACAGACUUAUUAGAUGAUAAGAACAAAGUUAAUAAGAUUUUUGAGCAUUUAUGUACGCUUAGCUUGGUUGUGGAGCCAAAGUUUAUUUCAGAGAACGGAAGGGUGCAGUAUACUUUUAAAAAACUAGGUGGAAAGGUCAUAAAACAGAUAGAAGAAUAUAGUUUCGUGGGUGAAGAUCUUAUAACGAAAAAAAUUGACAAGAUAGAUCCGAAAAAGUUGCUGGAAAAGUCAACUCCUCCAGAAAUAAAUCCGGAAACUCUUUCAACGUUUAAAAUAGGCCUAAGUGAUAAAGAAAAGGCAUCCAGAGAUCAAGUGGUUCUGCCGUAUUUGCCAAAAAAUGAGAACGGUGAAGAUGGUGGCAAAAUAAUAUAUGAGCUUGAUGCGGUGGACGAUUGGGAUGAAGAAGAUCCAGACGACGAUUUAGAUAUUUAGCCCUUAAUCAAAUUGAAAAAAUUUCAUAUAAAACUUAUUGUUGCUUUGGUUUUUACCAUUGGAACAGUACCGUUACAUAUUUUCUUGAGUGUAAAUAAAGUUUGAUUUUAAAGGCGUUAUGACAUGCUAUUAUAAAGAUAAGUAUACUUUUUUCAAUAAAAUGAUACAAAAACUGUU